GCAUUUUUCUAGCAUAUAUAUGUCUGUUCUUCUUGUUUUCUGGGUGAUGGGUAUGAGCUCCCCAUAUUUCCAUAUUUUCACAUCACCAUAGUCUUCUUCACCGGCUUCUUCCGUCAUAAACUCUUCUAGAUAGAUAGGUAGAUAGAUCAGUCUGAAUUGAACCCAUUAACUCUGUUUUCUUUAUACUCUGCAAAAAUAAAGUGAAGAAGCUGCUACUAACUAGUAUGGAGGGUGGGAGGGUCUAUGGAGGUUCCAACAUGACCGUUACACACCAAAACAACAGCCUUCCUUGUUCUUCCCAGGUUCUCGAGUCUCUCUGGAUUUCCAACUCUCCCCCUUCUUUUCAUGGUGAGUCUCUCUCAUGUUCAACAUCCAUGGUUGGAAACCCAACAGACAGGCAAUUUUCCCCACCCCUUGACAAGGAAGAACAUGGCAAUGAAGACCACUACGAUGCUUGCUUUAAUCAACCGGAGAAGAAAAGGCGACUCGCAGCCGAUCAAGUUCAGUUUCUUGAGAAAAAUUUUGAAGUGGAAAACAAGCUUGAACCAGAGAGGAAGGCGCAGAUUGCCACGGAAUUAGGGCUGCAGCCAAGGCAAGUUGCAAUUUGGUUCCAAAACCGGCGAGCCCGGUCCAAGACCAAGCAGCUUGAGAAAGACUAUGAUUCUUUGAAGGCAAGCUAUGAUAGGCUCACGAAUGACUAUGAAUGCCUCCUCAAGGAGAAAGAAAGAUUGCGAAAUGAGGUUCGCUUUCUCAGUGACAAACUACUCACCGGACAAAAAGAGAACACAAAUCCAACAGUUGCAGAGCCUCAGAAACAUAUCAUCUCCAAUGCUGAUUCUGAAAACAAAGCCAAGGCAGCAAUGGUGGUCUGUGAGUGUAAGCAGGAAGAAGCAAGUUCAGCUAAAAGUGAUGUUUUCGACUCCGACAGCCCACAUUGCACCGAUGGGAACCAUUCUUCCAUUUUAGAGCCUGCAGACUCUUCCAAUGUUUUUGGAGGAGCCGAGCAAUCGGAUUUCUCGCAAGACGAUGAACAAGAUGAGCUCACCAGGAGCCUUUUGCCCCCUCCAUGCUUUCCUAAGUUGGAAGUUGGUGGGUGUUACAAUGACACCCCUGCAAGUUCUUGUAACUGGAAUUUCUCAGUUGAAGGACAGCCUUCUUGGUUGUGGCCUUACUGAAUUUAGUUUUAUUCAGGGCUUUGGAUUUUAGAUCUCUUAGUUAGUAAUGCAAUGUUAAGUAUUUUGUUGUAAUUAAUGUUUGAAUGCAAUAAAUAAAAAACAAAAAAAAUUAAUAACAAUCAAUAUUAGCCCUUUUAUUUUGGCA